GCGAGGCGCCCCUGGGGUUCCCGGGCAUCUUCCCGAUGGCCUGUGAGCAGGUGCUACGAUGAUCUUCAUUUUAUUGCGAGGAAGCAAGAACAGAAAGGCUCGGACAGCUGUCCAAAGUCACACAGCUAGUCAACCCCGGGGGAUCCUUCCGUCUUCCCCCCCCCGCCCCCCCCCCCCCGCCUCCCCCCCGCCUAGCACUUAGCCUUUCUAACUAACGUUCCCGAAAUUGAUCAAGUUUGUGCUUGCUGUCGGCCUUCCCUGCUCGAAUACAGCUCCACAAGGUCGGGGACCUCGGAUUGUUUUGUACCCUGAUGUAUCCGCAGCCCGUAGGACAGGCACAUAGCGGGCCCUCAGCAUUUUCACUGAAUGAAUAAAAGCGACAGAGCAGGCAAUCCGUUCGAUUCCGGAGCGGGCAGUGCUCAGCUCCUUGUCUGCUGAUAGCUGGGGUCCUACUAAACGUUACUCUUCAAACUCAGAGGAGGCCUUGUGCUUCCUUCCAUAAAUUAAAACAUUUGAGUUUUCCUCAACUUCACUCCGUCACAGGGGCUGCUAAUGACAUCUCCUGUGUGGUCCUUCUUUCCAGGAGCAGGGUGCGUCACUGAGACCACUGCUCACCAACUGCAGAUUCCAGCUCGCCCGCUCCUGGGCUUCCUAGUCUACAGAAGAGCCAGUGUGCAGCCUCAGAAGAUCCCCGCCCUUUGUCCGGGGCAGAACAGGAUGGCCGCGGCCCGGGAAUCCUUGACCUUCAGGGAUGUGUUUGUGGACUUCACCCUGGAGGAGUGGCAGCAGCUGGACUCCGCUCAGAGGAACCUCUACAGGGAUGUCACGCUGGAGAACUACAGCCACCUGGUGUCCGUGGGAUACCUCGUUGCCAGCCCGGAUGAGGUCUUGAGAUCGGGACGAGGAGAAGAGGCCAGGAGGGCAGAGGGAGGGCCGUCGGCGUGGAACUAUCCAGAAUUCUGGCAAGUUGAUGACCAGAUAGACAACCACAAGGAAAGCCAAAACCAACUUCUGUGGCAAACUGCAUUAGUAGACAAGGAAACACAGAAGGAUCAAAGCGGCCAAGAAUUCACAAGCUUCAGAAAAAUCAUUUAUCCAAACACAGACUUUGUUUCUAUAAGACAAAGACUCCCUAAAUAUUAUUCCUGGGGAAGGUGUUCAAAACAUAAUUUAAACUUUCUUUGUCAAAAUAGAAGCUAUGUAAGAAAGAAAGAUGAUGAAUGUCACGCACAUUGGAAAUUAUGCUUCCAUUCUAAUCUCAAUAAUGCUCAACCUGCAGAGAAAUUUUUUGAGCCCAAUCAACGUGGAAGAGCCCUCCACCAGAAGCAAGCACUUAAUAAAACUCAAAGAAUUCAAACUAGGGAGAAACUCUAUGAGUGUUCUGAAUGUGGGAAAGUGUUCAUCCAGAAAGCAAACCUUGUAGUACAUCAGAGAACUCACACAGGAGAGAAGCCUUAUGAAUGCUUUGAAUGUACAAAAGCCUUCAGCCAGAAGUCAACCCUCAUUGCUCACCAGAGAACUCACACAGGGGAGAAGCCCUAUGAAUGCAGCGAAUGUGGAAAAACCUUUAUCCAGAAGUCAACUCUGAUUAAACACAAGCGAACUCACACAGCAGAGAAACCAUUUGUAUGUGGUGAAUGUGCAAAAGCCUUUAAGAGUUCAUAUCACCUUAUUAGACAUGAGAAAACACACAUUAGGCAAGCAUUUUAUGAAGGAGUCCACUUUGGUAAGUCCAGCCUUAUGCAUCAAAGGACUCAUAACGGUGAGAAACCUGAGUGUAAUAAACAUGGGAAACCCUUUGAUGAGAAAGCCAACCCCAUUAAACACCAGAGAUCUCACACAAAAGAGAAACUUUAUGAGUGCAGUAAAUGUGGGAAAAGCUUCAGGGGAAAGUCACACCUCUCUGUUCAUCAGAGAAUUCAUACAGGGGAGAAGCCUUAUGAAUGCAGCAUAUGUGGGAAGACUUUCAGUGGGAAAUCACACCUCUCUGUCCAUCAUAGAACUCAUACAGGAGAGAAGCCUUAUGAAUGCAGAAGAUGUGGAAAAGCGUUUGGUGAAAAGUCAACCCUUAUUGUACAUCACAGAACUCACACAGGAGAGAAACCCUAUAAAUGCAAUGAGUGUGGGAAAGCCUUCAGCGAGAAGUCACCACUGAUAAAACAUCAGAGAAUUCAUACAGGGGAAAGGCCCUAUGAAUGCAGUAACUGUGGGAAAGCAUUCAGUAGGAAGUCAACUCUCAUUAAACAUCAGAGAAUCCACACAGGGGAAAAACCCUACAAAUGCAGUGAAUGUGGGAAAGCCUUUAGUGUGAAAUCCACUCUCAUUGUACAUCACAGAACUCAUACGGGAGAAAAACCCUAUGAAUGCAGGGACUGUGGAAAAGCCUUCAGUGGGAAGUCGACUCUCAUUAAACAUCAGAGAAGUCAUACAGGAGAUAAAACCUAUUAAGAUACUUGAGAGUGAGAGAAUGUCACUAUUCGUUAUACCUCAUUAUGUAUCACUUCAUCCUGGGGAGUAACCUUAUAAAUGUCAAGAAUGUCAGAAAGUCUUCAGGUAUUAUUUAAUGUUCCUUUAAUAUAAUAAAUGGUACAAAAGCAUAAUUCCAGAAGCAUGUAAUAAAUGUGAUCAGUUUUUUACCCAGAAUUCUUACCCACGAGUGGAAAAUUGUACAUCAGAGAAUUUGGGGAAAUGUUUGUGGUAAUCUGUUAAGUGAAAAAACGGAUUAUAAAACAAUAUACCAUAUGGUUCAUUGUAAAAAAAAAAUAGGAAGGAUAGGCACCAUUGUAUCAGUGAUUCUGGGUGGUAGAAAAAUGGCAACUUUAUGAUGAGUAAAAUUGUAUGCACAUAUAUAUUUGUGUUAUAUUUAUAUCUAUUUUAGGUGUGUGUAUGUAGGUAGGUAGAACAAAAAGCUAGGAAGGAAAUAUACCAAAUUAUUAAGCAAAUUAUCAUUUGGGUGUUGGGAAAUUGAUUUUUAAAUGUUUUGAGCAUAGUCUCCAGAAACUAUCAAUAAAUUGUUUAAAGUAA